CUUAUCAACAACACACCACUGUUACAACGUCACACGAUAGAACAAGAUUUAUUAUGUACAGUUACUACAUAAGUAAGCCGCCUACCAUACCAAUAACAACAAAACAAACCCGUUGAAAUGGAUAAAAACACAAUGGCUUUUAAUUCAGAUUGUGACCCUUGUUCUGGAGAAGGAACAUCUUCAGCGGCAAUUAGGUUUUGUUCAGAUUGCGAAGAGCAUCUUUGUAAAGAUUGUGUAGAAUACCAUAAGAAAUUUAAAGCCACAAAGUCGCAUCACUUGAUCGAUUUAACAUCAAUUUUGAAAUCGAAAAUACCGAUUGCCAAGAGUUGUUGCGAGGUUCAUCAACAUGUACCGCUAGAUUUUUACUGCACACAACACGAUAUAGUAUGUUGUAGAGUAUGUAUCCCAUCUGAUCAUCAAUCCUGCAAAGAGGUCAUACCGUUAGAGGUCGCUUCAAAACACAUUAAAAAGUCUGCAUUAUAUGAAGACACAUUAAAUGAGUGGCAAAACAUUGUUAAAUUUUUGGAUAAUUUAAAAAAGGAUCGUCAUAGUUAUGUAGAUGAAUUAGAAAGUGGAGAAACGACCAUCCUAGAAGAGAUCAGCAAAUUGAAAAUGAAUUUAAUUAAACAAAUUAACGCUUCAGAAGAAAAACUGAUAACAGAACUCUCAAAUGCCAAGAAGAACAUCAUAGACCUAUAUGGAAAAGAGAGUUCUGAAAUUAAAGAAUUGUAUAAUGUUGUGCAGGAGAAGAAGCAGGAAUUAGAAUUUCUGAAUAAACAUGGCUCAAAUAACCAGAUGUACCUUACUCUUCGAGAACAAGGAAAAGGAGUUCAGGAUGCUAUUAAAAGGGUACAGAAUAUGACACUAUCAUACAAACAGACAGCUUUAAAAUUAGAGAAAAAGAGCGAUAUUGACAUUAUAUGUAUUGGAUCGAUAGAAAAGGUUAGGACGGUAAGUUGUACUCAGUAUAGCCCUGUAAAACUUCAGCAAGCUCAGGUUAAGCCAGUAAAAGAUGAAUCCAAGCAUACCUUCAAAAAGGAAAUAACAGAGCAGUUAAAUGUCGGACGUUUCAUCUCAGAUGUAGCUGUUACUGCAGACGAUAAAUUAAUCCUUUGUGACUUUUCGAAAGGACGAGGUUACAUAUACGUCUUCAAAAUCAAUCAACAUAACCUAACAUACAAAAAAAUAUUUAGUGUCCCCAGUGAACCAUAUGGCAUUGCUGUAUUAAAUGGAACCAACAAAGCAAUUGUUACAAUGCCAUUAAAGUCGUAUGUACAAUUUAUUGAUACAAACACGUUGUCGCUUGAUAAAACAAUUGAAGUAGGUAAAAAAUGCUUUGGUAUUACGACCACUGGGGAAUACAUUGCAGUCGGUAAACAAAGAGAAAUCAAAAUAUUGAAAUCAAAAGGCGAAAUCGUCAGGAACAUUGUUUUACGCGAUUUAUUAGAUGAUUCUCAUUAUGUAAGCUCUCUGUAUUACAAUCCUACUGAUGGCAGCAUAAUUUAUAGAAAAAUGGAACUGAUUAAUCAUAUUCAGCUAGAUGGAACUAUUUUAUUCAGUUAUGUGGUGUCAGGAGAAUCAGGUUUAGCUGUUGACAAACAGGGAAAUAUAUAUAUGAGUGAAUUUAAUAGAAGUGAGAUUCAACGUUUUUCACCAGUUGGACGAAUCCGUGAUGUGGUGAUGAAUAAUGGAGACGGAAUAAACGCACCAUUCGCUAUAACGUUUAAUCAGGCAUUUAACAAAUUUGUUGUUACAAAUACCGCUGGCUUGGUGCAGAUAUACAGUUGCAAAUAACUUUCGUUACUAAAGUAUCUAUACUUUAUUCAAAGACCGUUUAUUAGUCAAAAUAUCAAAGAAGUUGACAUUCUUACAUUUACAUUUUCGGUUAGACCAACACUAAACCCAGAUAUGUUGAUUGCAUAAGCGUAAAUCAUUUUUUAUACACCGAAUGUAAAAUAAUUGAUGAAAAAAAGGGUUAAUCAUGUUAAUUGCAAUACUUUGUUCUUUUUUUAUGGAAGUUGCAGGUAAAAAAUUGCAAAGUGUUGAUCAUUGCAUUCACAUUUGCAUUGGUUGCGAAACAAAUUUAGUCACUUGAUGGUAGUGUAAAAGGAUA